AUGUAUUUAAAUAAAAUGAAUAAACUUUGGCAAUUUCAAUGUCUUCAAAUUACAAGACGGUCAAGCCAUGUAGAAACAAAAGCAGAUAUAAAGCGAAAUAUUAACAAGGUUUUAAUAGCAAAUCGUGGAGAAAUAGCCUGCAGGGUUAUGAGAACUGCAAAAAAAUUAGGGAUUCAAACAGUAGCCGUAUACUCAGAUGCCGACAAGCAUGCCAUGCAUGUUGAAAUGGCAGAUGAAGCAUAUCACAUAGGGCCAGCACCUACAACCCUGAGUUAUUUAAAUGCAGAAAAGAUUCUAGAAGUAGCCAAAAGGUCAAAAAGCCAAGCUAUUCAUCCUGGCUAUGGAUUCUUAUCGGAAAAUGUGGAAUUUUGUGAGAGAUGUGCUACUGAAGGAGUUAUUUUUGUUGGACCACCAACAUCAGCUAUAAGAGAUAUGGGAAUUAAAAGUACAUCAAAGACAAUAAUGUCAAAUGCAGGUGUACCAAUAGUGAAGGGAUACCAUGGUGAAGGCCAAAGCUAUGACAAACUAUUAUCCGAGGCUAGAAGAAUAGGUUUUCCUUUAAUGAUCAAAGCGGUGAGGGGAGGUGGGGGAAAGGGUAUGAGGAUUGCAAUGACAGAAGCGGAAUUUAAGACGCAAUUGGAGUCUGCUAAAAGGGAAUCUCAGAAAUCGUUUGGUGACGACAAUAUGUUGCUAGAACAAUAUAUAACAGAUCCUAGACAUGUUGAAGUUCAGGUGUUCGCAGACAUGCAUGGAAAUGCUGUGCAUUUAUUUGAGAGAGACUGCUCAGUACAAAGGCGGCAUCAAAAGAUUAUUGAAGAAGCACCAGCACCAGGUCUGUCCGAAGAAACACGUAGGUCGUUAGGUGAAGCGGCUGUGAGAGCUGCAAAAGCUGUAGGUUAUGUUGGAGCCGGUACCGUAGAAUUUAUCUUGCAUAGACAGACACACGAAUUCCACUUUAUGGAGAUGAACACAAGGUUGCAAGUUGAACAUCCGAUCACAGAGAUGAUAACAGGUACUGAUUUAGUAGAAUGGCAGCUUCGUAUAGCAUCAGGCGAGCCUUUACCAUUUACCCAAGAAGAAAUACUUAGAAAAGGCCACGCAGUCGAAUGUAGGAUAUAUGCAGAGGAGCCUCGCGCAGGGUUCUUGCCUAGGGCCGGAACUCUUCAUAGACUCACACAGCCGAUUGCUGAAGAAAAUGUUCGAAUAGAAACAGGAGUGCGCCAGGGACAAGAAGUGUCCGUACAUUAUGAUCCAAUGAUAGCUAAGCUGGUUGUUUGGGGACAAGACAGGAAUGAAGCAUUGGCUAAGACACGCCGAAAGCUAUCGGAAUACCAAGUAGCAGGCUUGGAAACGAACGUGAAUUUCCUUCUACGUCUAAGCGGUGCGAACGCGUUCGUAUCGGGCGACGUACACACCGCGUUCAUUCCGCAACAUGAAGCGGAAUUGUUCCCGGAAUCAGAUUUGGAAUUGAGUGAAGAGAAAGCUGUGCAAGCGGCACUCGGAUACAUAAUAAAAUCUCAGUUGGAGAGUUCACCGAACGACACUUGGAAGGGAAUUUCUGUCACACCAACAUCGUGGAGAUCGAAUUAUCAGCUUCAGAAAACGAUUAAUUUGAAGUUCGGCGAGAAAGAUGUCAGAGUUGCUGUCAAAUUUGAGGCUGCCCCAAAUUCAUAUUCAGUGUCAGUGAAUGGUGGUCAAUGGUUGUCAGCUGAAGCGUUUUUGAAGUCUCAAAAUGGCUUGAGGUUAAUCACGAAAGUCAAUGACAGGACAAGUAAUGUUGGAUUUUUGACAUUUGACCGGGAAAUUCAUGUUUAUGACGAGAAUGGUCAGACAGUUUUACAUCUCCCAGUCCCCAAAUAUGAGAGUAAAGUCGGGGCUGGUGACAGUCUAUCUUCGGACAAUGCUUCUUCGCCAACACCUGGCGUUCUUGAGAAAAUAUUAGUCAGUACAGGCGAUAAGGUGGUAAAGGGACAGCCCCUAUUCGUAGUCAUUGCUAUGAAAAUGGAAUAUGUCGUUCGGUCACCGAGGGAUGGAGUUGUCUCAACAGUUGCGGGUUUAAAACAGGGUGAUGCAGUUGGAAAGGGUGCUGUAGUGGUAUCAUUGCAGGAAGAAUAA